UCUAUCAUUGUAGAAGUGGGUGGGUGGUGUUAAUGUGGUAAAAGUGACAACCAAAGUAACUUUCGAGACAGACCUGCGCUUGUAGAUGAAAUUAUGUAACUUGGUCGUUUCUACAAUGUUUUUAGAUUUAUAAAAAUCACUUGUCCAUUUGAAUAAAGUGUCAUUCACAGUUUGCCAGAAGCACAGAAGAGAUCAUAAUCGGUCGUAGCUAACUCUAUUCAAAAUGGUGUGGUGUUUUAACACAGUUGUGAUUUUGGGAGUUGUAGUGCUGAAGAGUUCUUUAGCUUAUAGUUUGUAUCCGGGGAUCUUCGAUCCGAAUCCAUUCAUCCCGAAGAUGAACCCUCAAGUGUUGAGAAUAACUUCUAGCACUUUAUACGAUCCAAACUACGGUUAUGACUCGUCGAGUGGGGCAAAAGAUGAUGAAGCUGGAUAUGUACGAUCGAACAGUGAGAAAGGAGAAGGUGGAUUUCACCACGUGGAAACGUUCCAAACGAAAGGCGGGGAUGACUACGAACACGAGCAUGAGAGCGGAUAUGGGGAGUCCAAGAAUGAUGCAGACGCAGACUAUGAAGAUCAUCAAGAACCAAGUGUUCACAAACGUGAUAACAAUCGUGACUUAAAAAACGACGAUAGGCAUUACGAAGUGAUCGAAGCGCAUAGCAAUGACCACAAAAAUCCAAAUCAGCAUACGACCUACGGAGUAAAACCAACGAAAGCAAUCAAACGACCUCCAGUUCCAGAAUUUGGCACCCGGCUUACCCUUCCCAAGAAAACUACUCUAAAACAGAAUCACAACGGAUACGAGACAGUGAUUUAUCAUGGUCAAGAAAAUGAGAACUCAGAAAAGGGCUACGGUAGAAGAAAUCACCACAAUGCACCUCCAAAAACAGAAAGCUUUAAUGAAAAACAUGAAGAACAUGAUGAAGAAGAAGUGGAUGAUGAAGAAGAAGAAAGGGACACUCAAGACCAUGAUGAUGAUAGAGAUACUGAGCAAUCAAACUACGGUGAUAACUAUAAUAGUUUCAAAUAUGACAGUGAAUUUGAUGAUUUUUCGAAAAACUUCAACGAUGAUGCCGAUCAAGGUCGUAGCGAAGAACACGACACUGGAAAUGAUAGAAAAACUAGUUCCAGUAAGAAUGGAUACGAUUACGACGACGAGGUCGAUCGCGAAGAAGUUGAUGAAGCCGCCAAUGAAGAUCGGUAUCAAGGAGGUGAAUACGACGAUGACGAUGACGAUAAUUAUGGCAGGCAUAACCGAAGGCAUUACGAUUAUGCAAGUGAAACAGAUUAUGAUGCGUAAUGGAAUGGAAGCUAGAAAAAUAAGUUUGCUCAAUUAUUUGUGAUUUAGUGUAGUAGUGUAAGCAGAGAGUUUAUGUACCAAAUAUAAAACACGUAAUAAAUCCUUAACGUAGCUUGGUUUCGG